AUGCAACCCAUCGGCAAUGCUCACGGUUCACCAGAUGCUUCAUCAUUGCAAUCAUUUUCGUUUGAUCUUGUCGUCGAGGAAUCAGAUGAAAAAAAAGACAAAAUCGAAUCCAAUACAAGCUUAGAUCAAAUUAAUUCGGAAAUGGAGGGGAAUGCUUGUUCAGAACAGAACGAUGGAAUCAAUAUCGAUGUCUCGGCAGAAGGUGACCGAUUCGGACCAUCAGACCAAUUUGGCAUACAGUUGCAAGAUGAAUUUGAUUAUGGACAAAAGGUUGAAGUGAAAAAUGUGGCCACGAUGACGGAUUCUUGGAAUCCCACAGACGCCAAUUAUUGGAUGAACUGUCAGCACUCAACACCAAUUCAUCCGAUUUCCCAUGGAAAUCCGCCCGGAAUUCCGAAUGAACAUUAUUUUUACCACCAUCAAGAAUUCACUCAUAAUGGUUCUGCUAAUAGACUACGAGCUUACGGAACUACCACCAUGUUCAGCCAGCAGAUCUGCGUCGGGGCUUACAGAAAGCUUGGCCCAUCGCAGAUGACACAAAUAACAUUCAAACGGGCUGACAGAACUACCACCAUGUUCAGCCAGCAGAUCUGCGUCGGGGCUUACAGAAAGCUUGGCCCAUCGCAGAUGACACAAAUAACAUUCAAACGGGCUGACAGAACUACCACCAUGUUCAGCCAGCAGAUCUGCGUCGGGGCUUACAGAAAGCUUGGCCCAUCGCAGAUGACACAAAUAACAUUCAAACGGGCUGACAGAACUACCACCAUGUUCAGCCAGCAGAUCUGCGUCGGGGCUUACAGAAAGCUUGGCCCAUCGCAGAUGACACAAAUAACAUUCACACGGGCUGACAGAACUACCACCAUGUUCAGCCAGCAGAUCUGCGUCGGGGCUUACAGAAAGCUUGGCCCAUCGCAGAUGACACAAAUAACAUUCACACGGGCUGACAGAACUACCACCAUGUUCAGUCAGCAGAUCUGCGUCGGGGCUUUUAGAAAGCUUGGCCCAUCGCAGAUGACACAAAUAACAUUCAAACGGGCUGACAGAACUACCACCAUGUUCAGCCAGCAGAUCUGCGUCGGGGCUUACAGAAAGCUUGGCCCAUCGCAGAUGACACAAAUAACAUUCACACGGGCUGACAGAACUACCACCAUGUUCAGUCAGCAGAUCUGCGUCGGGGCUUACAGAAAGCUUGGCCCAUCGCAGAUGACACAAAUAACAUUCAAACGGGCUGACAGAACUACCACCAUGUUCAGCCAGCAGAUCUGCGUCGGGGCUUACAGAAAGCUUGGCCCAUCGCAGAUGACACAAAUAACAUUCACACGGGCUGACAGAACUACCACCAUGUUCAGCCAGCAGAUCUGCGUCGGGGCUUACAGAAAGCUUGGCCCAUCGCAGAUGACACAAAUAACAUUCACACGGGCUGACAGAACUACCACCAUGUUCAGCCAGCAGAUCUGCGUCGGGGCUUACAGAAAGCUUGGCCCAUCGCAGAUGACACAAAUAACAUUCAAACGGGCUGACAGAACUACCACCAUGUUCAGCCAGCAGAUCUGCGUCGGGGCUUACAGAAAGCUUGGCCCAUCGCAGAUGACACAAAUAACAUUCACACGGGCUGACAGAACUACCACCAUAAAGCUUGGCCCAUCGCAGAUGACACAAAUAACAUUCACACGGGCUGACAGAACUACCACCAUGUUCAGCCAGCAGAUCUGCGUCGGGGCUUACAGAAAGCUUGGCCCAUCGCAGAUGACACAAAUAACAUUCAAACGGGCUGACAGAACUACCACCAUGUUCAGCCAGCAGAUCUGCGUCGGGGCUUACAGAAAGCUUGGCCCAUCGCAGAUGACACAAAUAACAUUCAAACGGGCUGACAGAACUACCACCAUGUUCAGCCAGCAGAUCUGCGUCGGGGCUUACAGAAAGCUUGGCCCAUCGCAGAUGACACAAAUAACAUUCAAACGGGCUGACAGAACUACCACCAUGUUCAGCCAGCAGAUCUGCGUCGGGGCUUACAGAAAGCUUGGCCCAUCGCAGAUGACACAAAUAACAUUCACACGGGCUGACAGAACUACCACCAUGUUCAGCCAGCAGAUCUGCGUCGGGGCUUACAGAAAGCUUGGCCCAUCGCAGAUGACACAAAUAACAUUCACACGGGCUGACAGAACUACCACCAUGUUCAGCCAGCAGAUCUGCGUCGGGGCUUACAGAAAGCUUGGCCCAUCGCAGAUGACACAAAUAACAUUCACACGGGCUGACAGAACUACCACCAUGUUCAGCCAGCAGAUCUGCGUCGGGGCUUACAGAAAGCUUGGCCCAUCGCAGAUGACACAAAUAACAUUCAAACGGGCUGACAGAACUACCACCAUGUUCAGCCAGCAGAUCUGCGUCGGGGCUUACAGAAAGCUUGGCCCAUCGCAGAUGACACAAAUAACAUUCACACGGGCUGACAGAACUACCACCAUGUUCAGCCAGCAGAUCUGCGUCGGGGCUUACAGAAAGCUUGGCCCAUCGCAGAUGACACAAAUAACAUUCACACGGGCUGACAGAACUACCACCAUGUUCAGCCAGCAGAUCUGCGUCGGGGCUUACAGAAAGCUUGGCACAUCGCAGAUGACACAAAUAACAUUCACACGGGCUGACAGAACUACCACCAUGUUCAGCCAGCAGAUCUGCGUCGGGGCUUACAGAAAGCUUGGCCCAUCGCAGAUGACACAAAUAACAUUCACACGGGCUGACAGAACUACCACCAUCCAGCAGAUCUGCGUCGGGGCUUACAGAAAGCUUGGCCCAUCGCAGAUGACACAAAUAACAUUCACACGGGCUGACAGAACUACCACCAUGUUAGUCAGCCAGCAGAUCUGCGUCGGGGCUUACAGAAAGCUUGGCCCAUCGCAGAUGACACAAAUAACAUUCACACGGGCUGACAGAACUACCACCAUGUUCAGCCAGCAGAUCUGCGUCGGGGCUUACAGAAAGCUUGGCCCAUCGCAGAUGACACAAAUAACAUUCACACGGGCUGACAGAACUACCACCAUGUUCAGCCAGCAGAUCUGCGUCGGGGCUUACAGAAAGCUUGGCCCAUCGCAGAUGACACAAAUAACAUUCAAACGGGCUGACAGAACUACCACCAUGUUCAGCCAGCAGAUCUGCGUCGGGGCUUACAGAAAGCUUGGCCCAUCGCAGAUGACACAAAUAACAUUCACACGGGCUGACAGAACUACCACCAUGUUCAGCCAGCAGAUCUGCGUCGGGGCUUACAGAAAGCUUGGCCCAUCGCAGAUGACACAAAUAACAUUCACACGGGCUGACAGAACUACCACCAUGUUCAGCCAGCAGAUCUGCGUCGGGGCUUACAGAAAGCUUGGCCCAUCGCAGAUGACACAAAUAACAUUCACACGGGCUGACAGAACUACCACCAUGUUCAGCCAGCAGAUCUGCGUCGGGGCUUACAGAAAGCUUGGCCCAUCGCAGAUGACACAAAUAACAUUCACACGGGCUGACAGAACUACCACCAUGUUCAGCCAGCAGAUCUGCGUCGGGGCUUACAGAAAGCUUGGCCCAUCGCAGAUGACACAAAUAACAUUCACACGGGCUGACAGAACUACCACCAUGUUCAGCCAGCAGAUCUGCGUCGGGGCUUACAGAAAGCUUGGCCCAUCGCAGAUGACACAAAUAACAUUCACACGGGCUGACAGAACUACCACCAUUUAG